GCCCCAGGUGGCCCCUCCUGCUCCUGUUUGCGCCGCUUUGCCUCCCCGGCCCGCAGGCUACAACUAUGCCUCGCCCGCUGAUGGGGGUUUCGCUCUAGCGCUUCUCAAGCCCCGCCCUGCCCCUGCCCCCGCCCCUGCUAAUUCCCCCUGCCUUGCCCCUGCCCUGCUAAACCCCUGCCCCUGCUCCUGCCCCUGCUCAAUUCCCUGCCUUUCCCUGCCCCUGCCCUGCUCAAACCCCUGCCUUUGUUCCCUGCUGCCCUCUAAAGCCCCGCUUUGCCCCUCCCCUCCCCUUGCCCUGCCCUGCUCAGCCCCUCCCUUGCCCCUGCCCGCUCAGUCCCUGCCCUUGCCCCGCUCCAGCUCAGUCCCUGCCCUUCCCCCUGCUCCACUCAAGUCCCUGCCCUUGCCCCUGCUCCACUCAGGCUCUCGCUCCACUCUGCCCACCAGGGCCCCGCAUUUGCCUUACCGCUGCUAA